AGUUGAGAGAGCAAGGAGAUUAGGAGAGCGAUAGAAGUAGCAUAAAAUGGCUGGAAAACAAAUGAAAUUGCUUUUACUGGUUUCAGUUGUGAUUUCUUCUCUAGCGGUCAAUGUUUUAGCCGCUCCUUUGCCUCGGGCAAUCAAGGAGUUGUCUGCUAGACCGCCUUUUCUUGGUCUUAUCUCCUCUGGUAGCGGCAAUCAGGAGACGCCCUUUUCUGUUGAUGGUGCCUUCAAGCCUGAUCCAGAAUUCCCCUACGUGGAUUUGUCAGGCAGGCGUUUUAACAUCGGGACCAUAGGGUCUAAUAGUGUCAUUAUCGUCGGAUGUGGAGCUGGACUGGUGAAUGCUGCAGCAACGACCCAACUACUGUUGGACAUCUUCCCAAUUAGAGCAGUUAUACACUAUGGCACUGCGGGCGGCGCCGACAGUUCCCUGUCCUUAGGAGAUGUUUUAAUCCCAACGCAGUUUUCUCAAACUGGAUUAUGGGACUGGCUGAAAUCCGAGAAAGCACCACAGCCAGAUAAUGGGGUUGCUGACCUACAGUUCAGUCGCUAUCACGUUCCCUCUUUCGGAUUUAAUCUGUUGGGUCGCGUGGCUUAUAUGAAAGAGCGCUUCUUUUCCGUGACAGGAGAGCCUGAUGUUCCUGAAAGAAAAUUUUGGUUCCCGGCAUCCGAGAAUUUGCUGCAAAUCGCUUCCACUCUAGAGGGAAUUGAGCUAGACCUGUGCCUAGCCGGCGUUUGCCUCCCGAAACAGCCUAAGCUAGUUCUUGGAGUCAACGGCACAACUGCCGACUUUUUUGUUGAGAAUGCAGCUUACAGCAAUUUCCUCCACAGUGCUUUCAAUGUUUCAUCCAUUGAUAUGGAGAGCGCAGCAGUAAUCAUGACAUCCUUGUCGAAUGGCCAGUCAGAAGUGAUUGCCAUCCGCGGACUGGCUAAUUUUGCUGGAGCAGAAGAAGGAGAGGAUUCGAGUGAGCGUUAUGAUGCUCUUCUUGCAAUAAAUGUCGAGAAAAUCGUUGCUGCACUUGUUGAUACUAUACCAUCACCUCGUUUGAGCAGUAUCUGUGGCAACCGUAAAUGUUCAGCUUAAUCAGGAGGAGCGCUGAAUCAAUCAACCGUAUCUGCGCUUCUAAUAACUAAGUUGUCUAGGAAGAAUAAAUGUGCUUCAAGAAUAGAAGUCUCUUGGAGCAACGACGUUUUAUGUAAAAUGUACCAGUAAGUUAUUGUGUGUUCCCUUGUUUGAAUAAUAAUAAGAAGCGCAUGCAAUGCAGUUCCUCCUAGCUGAAUGCUACUUGGAUAUAUCAUA